CGCCACGGCCCUCUCGAGGAGCAGCCCAACGCGAGACUGGCGCCUCUCGUCGCUCCCGGCGACACCAACCUCGCUGCGUUCGUCGCCCAGACCAAGCCAAGGUCCAUACCGACAGUGCUCUCAGGCGCGCACGCUAGCUACCCGGAUCUAAGCAGCGCGCUGACGGACCAGUCGACAUCUACCUCGGAGACACCGCCACCGCCACCGCCAGCGGUAGCCGACAACGCAGGCCCCGACUCACGGCCGCCGAUGCUGCGGUUCCGCACGUUCCCGCACAAGCCCUUCUCCGUGUCUGACCUGACGGCGGGCGUGUGGUGCGAGCUGCAGUACUACUACACGCUGACGCGGCUGCCGGGCGGCCGCAAAACGCGCACGGCAGCCAUGCGCGGCGGCACCAAGAUCCACGAGAGGCUGGAGCGCCAGGUCUUCACCACGGUGCGCAUCGACGUGGCCAAGAAAGAGGACGGCUUCGGGCUGCGGCUCUGGAACAUUGUCGAGGGCCUGCGCUCGCUGCGCGACACGGGCCUGACGCGCGAGCUCGAGGUCUGGGGCCUCGUCGAGGGCAACGUUGUGAACGGCGUCAUCGACGUGCUGAGCUACGAGAACCCCGACCCCGAGCUCGAGGAGGACGUGCUCAGCAGCCGCCGCCGCAGCCAGGGCUCCUCGUCAUCACAAGAACAAGGCGGGACUGCCCCUUCUAGUAGUAGCAGCAACAAGCGCGAGGUGUUCGUCAGCGACGUCAAGACGCGCGGGUCGACGGCGCCGCCGUCGCAGGCGCAGGUGCGCGCGGCCACGAUCCAGCUGUUCCUAUACCACCGCUUCCUCGCCGACAUGGCCUCGGACAAGCUCGACUACAUGCGCAUCUUUGCGCGCUACGGCCUCGACCCGGACGAGCCCUUUUCCGACGCCUUCAUGGCCAACAUCGACGCCCUGCACGACGAGGUCUUCCCGUCCGACGAGGACAAGUCGGCCUCGGACAGUGCUCCGGCCGUGUCCGAGAUUUCUGCGCCAGCAGCAGCGGCCGCGGCGACAACAAGAGGCCACCCGUCCGUGGAAAUCAACAUGAGCACCCUCGGCGGCGCGAGCACGUCGUCGUCGUUCACGCGGUACGGUAGCCUGCGGGCGCUGCUGACGCUGCUUAAGUUCGAGCUGCAUUUCACGUUUCCGCAGGGGGCCAGUACGCUAGGGCGAGUAGUGGCGGUCGAGUACCGGUACCGCGCAUGGGGAGAGCGCCAGCAACAGAAACAACAACAACAACAAGACGGGUCCGUCAUCUGCGUCAACACGUUCUACGUCGAGCCCGACAUCCUCGACCAGUACCUGCGCGACACGAUGCAGUGGUGGCGCGGUGAGCGCGAGCCGCGCGGCGUAUCGCUCGAGGAGGCCUUCAAGUGCCGCUCGUGCGAGUUCGUCGGCGAGUGCGACUGGCGCAUGAAUCUCGACAACGAGGCCCUGCGCAAGGCACGCGCCGCACGC